AUGCCUCGUCCAUCAACUGCAUCGAGUAAGGGUGGAAAAGAUGAAUCAGUUCGAGUUGUUGUUCGAUGUCGUCCUAUGAGUGAUAAAGAACAAGACAGUGGCUGUGAAAGAGUUGUUGAUAUUGAUAAUCAACGUCGACAAGUAUCGAUUCGACGUCCGAAAAAUGAAAAUACCCAACGAAUGACCAGUAGUGGAGAUGAUGUACAUAAUUUUUAUUUUGAUGCUGUUUAUGAUUGGAAUUGA